AUGCCUGCCUACAUCGUCUCUUGCAACGAGAGUGCGAAGCCCGAGGAGGUGGCCGACGCUAAGCAGCACUGCAGGGACCAGGGCGGCACCAUCAAGCACGAGUACACCAUCAUCAAGGGCUUCUCUGUCGAGUUCCCCGAAGACGCAGUCACCACUCUCGAGAACCACCCGCACAUCAAGAGCGUCGAGAAUGACGGCGUCAUGAAGAUCCAG